AUGAGCUCCAACAGCACAGACCUUGGUCUCUUCCUGACUGCCAACACCUCACAACCAGUUGCCGGAGCCUAUCCACAGUCUAAUGCUCUUCACCAAGGAGGAACUGAAUCCCCAGAUGGGAAUGAAACAACAGUCCUUGACCCCUUGGGUGGCCACCCUGUGUGGCAGGUUGUCCUCAUUGUACUGCUGACAGGUAUGCUGUCACUGAUCACCAUCAUCGGCAACGUUCUGGUGGUGGUAUCCUUUAAGGUUAAUCGCCAGCUAAAGACAGUCAAUAACUACUUCCUGUUGAGUUUAGCUGUAGCUGACCUCAUUAUCGGAGUCAUUUCCAUGAACCUCUACACAGCGUACCUUGUGAUGGGCUACUGGGCCAUGGGCAACUGGGCCUGCGACCUGUGGCUUGCUAUAGACUAUGUGGCAAGCAAUGCAUCAGUUAUGAACUUACUAGUUAUCAGCUUUGACCGCUACUUUUCAGUCACCCGGCCUUUGACCUACCGGGCCAAACGGACCACAAAGCGUGCUGGGAUCAUGAUUGGCUUAGCCUGGUUUGUGUCUCUGGUUCUGUGGGCCCCGGCCAUCCUGCUGUGGCAGUAUUUUGAGGGUCAAAGGACUGUGCCCUCAGAUCAAUGCUACAUUCAGUUCCUCUCAGAUCCCCCCAUAACAUUCUGCACAGCCAUGGCAGCUUUCUAUCUGCCUGUGACAAUAAUGAGUGUUCUGUACUGGCGCAUUUACAAGGAAACCCAGAACCGUUCAAAAGAGCUAGCUGGGUUGCAGGGUUCGGGCGGUCGUGGUGGAAUGGGCGGAAAAGGUGGGAAUAAUGGAGGAGAGAAAUCCGGUUUUGUCCGUCAGACAGGAAGUUCGAGAAGUUGCAGCAGUUAUGAGUUGACCAGGUUGUCGAAGAAAAAGAGCACAUGUCAAGAGCUGGUUGGACGCUUCCACUGCUGGCCUGGGGUUCGUUCGUGGAGACCCGGUAGUACCCGGCAGGGAGACGGUGAUGCAGACCAAAGCAGCAGUGACAGCUGGAACAACAACGAUGCUGCGAUCUCUUUGGACCACUCUGGGUCUUCAGAGGAUGAGGAUUGUGGGGGAAGGGAGGUGAUUUCCCAAAGUCAUGCUAUUUUCUCCAUUGUCCUUAGCCUGCCGGGCAUAAAGGCUGCUGUCAACUCCCAGCUCACCUCCUGUGAGGAUCUAGAUGCAGCCUCGGAGGAGGAUCCCCUCAGGGGAGCGGAGUAUAACCGAGACAGCCUUUCAUCAGUCACCACCAACACCACUGCCACUAUUACUCCGGAGGGGACAAACAAUUCAGAAAACAGCUACCACCAACGCUUCUGUUCGCGCAAGAUUCAGUCGAUGUCAACCAUCCAGGCUGCCACUAACCAAGCCUCUCUGGAUGAUACCCCAACAACCACUGCCACUGACAGUACCACCACCAGCACGGCCACUAAGUCCCCCUCAGUCCCAUUAUCCUUCAAAGAGGCGGCUAUGGCGAAGCGUUUCGCUGCCCGAGCUCGAACUCAGAUCACCAAAAGGAAGCGCAUGUCUUUAGUGAAGGAAAAGAAAGCAGCUCAAACUCUUAGUGCCAUCCUCUUUGCUUUCAUCAUCACAUGGACACCUUAUAACAUCAUGGUGCUGAUCAAUGCCUUCUGUAAAGUUUGCAUCCCAGAGACCCUGUGGGCAGUAGGGUACUGGUUGUGCUACGUCAACAGCACAGUCAACCCCAUGUGCUACGCCCUGUGCAACAAGACUUUCCGUACAACCUUUAAGAUGAUACUGCUGUGCCGCUGGGACCAGAAAAAAAGGAGGAAGCAGCAGUUCCAGCAGAGGCAGUCAGUGGUCUUCCAUAGGAGGAUUCCCAGGGAGUCUACGUAA